AUGAGCAAGAACCCACUGUCAGAAACAUGGAUACUGCUACUAGACGAAGUGUAUAGAAUACUUGAUGCAUCCACACACCAUGAUUUGAUUGCAACAGCAACCCAUUUGAAAACUACAACUCCAUCCAUUCAAAUUCAAGCAGAUUACAUUGCAUCCCUCAUCCACUAUCCAACUGUAAAUUUAUCUUCAGUACUCAUCGGACAUAUUGUCGACUGGUCUAUAGCAUCAAAUCAUAUGGAUAUAAUCCAUGCAAUACAUAGAAAAACACUGCAGUUUCCGUCCAACCCUUUUGCACUGAAGCUGUCACUCAUGUGUGGGUUUAGCGUACAUGAUACUAUGGAGUCAUAUGUUGACGAAUGUCGACUAGCUACUGCAGAGCUAUUUGAUCGUCUCCGGCAUGAAAAGAUACCCACCGAGGAUAUGCAAUCUUUUGAAAACAUGGCAAUGCGUCUUGGUACGCUAGUAGAGAGCUUAAUGAAGUGA